AUGGACCCGGGAGCUAAGCCGUUCGAGGGUAAACUGUUCCUGCAGACGAUCGACAUCCGCGAUGAGAACGAGGAAAAGUAUAUGCGGGCGUACCGCAACUUCGAGGAGACGACGGCCGGUCUCAGCGACAAGGACUUCCACGACCUGUUGUCGGCGCUCGUCAGCAAGGAGAAGCAGCACGAAGAAAUUUCGCUCGCCCUGGUCUACAUCAUACUGACCGAUCCGUCGGCGGCUGCGAAAACGUACCGCGAUCUUACGCUGCUGACGCGCGAUGGGCUCGGGUUCGUCACCAACAACCUUGCGAUGCUGGUGGCCGAAAAGCACCACAAGCUGACGGACAUGGGCCGCAAGCAGUUGUUGUGGUUGCUGCGGGAGCUGAUCAAAAACCAGGUCCUGAACGUGGACAACCUGGCGUGGAACAUAUUGCGGCAGGCGAGCGGCGGCGACAUUAGUCCGAAAAAUAUUGCCCUCAUCGAGGGCCUGCUGGACAUCUUCACCGAUCAUCGGGCGUGGCUCGAAAAGGACCCGUUUCUCGUCGGCACGGUCGCUUACACGUACGUGCGAUUGAUCGAGGAUCACUCGGGCCCUCAGUUUGGACAUUUGCGCACCCGCGAAGUGAAGUUUGUGAUCAGUUUGAUACGCGAUCGGUUCUCCGACAUAAUCCCGCUCGGGCGCGAGUUCGUGCGGUUGCUGCAGAACGUCAGCCGCAUACCGGAGUUUGAUCAGUUGUGGAAAGACAUGCUGUACAACCCGAAAUCGCUCUGUCCCACGUUCAACGGUGUGUGGCAGCUGCUGCAGACUCGCACCAGCCGCCGGUUCUUACGUGGCCGCCUUACGCCCGACAUCGAACGUAAGGUGCACUUCCUCACGAGCAACGUCAAGUUCGGCAAUCACACGCGCUACCAGGAUUGGUUCCAGGAGCGCUACUUUACGACGCCCGAAUCGCAGAGCCUGCGGUCGGACCUGAUACGCUUCAUCAUCAGCGCCAUCCAUCCGACGAACGAUAUGCUUUGCUCGGACAUCAUGCCCCGGUGGGCGAUCAUCGGGUGGCUGCUUACAUCCUGCACGAACGCGGUCGCCCUGGCCAACGCCAAGCUGGCACUGUUCUACGACUGGUUGUUUUUCGAUCCGAUCAAGGACAACAUCAUGAACGUGGAGCCCGGCAUUCUGGUGAUGUUUAACUCGAUCAAGAACCAUCCCCUCGUGAGCUGCACGCUGCUCGACUUUCUGUGCCGCAUCAUGAAGAACUUCUACCCGAAGUGGGAGGAUCGCAUACGGGCCGGGAUCUACAACUCGUUGCGCAAGAUCCUGGAGAUGAAGGUGAUCCCCAAUCUGGGCCCACUGUUCGACUCGCCGAGGCUCGAUCGCGAGCUGAAGAUGAUGUUGAGAGAAAAUUUCCGCGAGUUUUGGACAAACAGCGCACCGCCCAACAGUGUCAAGUACGGGCCGGGCGGCGCAAUGUUGUUUCCAGGCACGCUGGAAGCUCCGGGGCCUCAUCCGGGAGUGCACCCGGGUCAAACAUCAGACAUCACACUCAUGACGGGGGGACGGUUGAUGGAGCAACAGCGAAAACUGCACGGCGACUCGGGUGGAGGAGGAUUACCACCAACUACGGGGGCUGCGGCGGGGUUUGCAGGACUGAUGGCAGCCCCGGUGGGUACUCUGUCCGCCCAGCAACAGCGGGUAGGCAUGAUGCGUGUUGCGGGGCGAAUAACCACCAACAAGGCCGGAACACCGGAAGACCCAAAGUUCAGCGACGACGAGGCUGACGCGGAUGCCGGUACGGUGGUCGCUACGAAAACCGAGGACGUGUCGGACGACGACGAUCUGCCGCUGGCAAAGGUACGGCUACUGGAGAAACCACCGGCGAUCGCGAAGGUAGCGCUUCCGGACACACUCAACACACACCUGGAGGAGUUCCUGAAGGAGAAGAGCUCCAAAGCGUUCGAACCGCUGCUACAGAGUCUCGGCAGCUGCGGGAAGCAAGCGCUUAAUCAGGAGCAAGAGAACUACCUCACGGAGAGUGUGCUAUCGGUGAUACGGCAAACGCUGCCAGACAAGAGCUACUUCCCGGAGUCGAAGACGGACGACAAUCUGUCCGAAAGCAUCAACUACCCGCUGUUUGCCGCCUACCGAUUGCUCUACCAGCAGGAAGAGUCGUGUAAGAAGCGCGUCAUGGCGCUGCUCGUCGCGAUCGUGAGCCGCGUGAACGUGGCCGGCUACAUGUUGCUUUACUUUCUGAAAGUGCACGGUAAACUACAGUGCCGGCGGAAGGAAAGUGGCAGUGGCAGCACCAACACCGCUUUCAAAGCCUCCGUCUACACGGUGAUGUGUGAGGCGCUCGACGCGCCCGACACGGUCGACGAGUGCAUCGAGAAGGACCUCAAUCUGCUGGAGAAAUACAACACGCAAAUGUUUCUGUGGAUUCUGCCCGACAUGUACCGCGAGUUUAAGCCGACGAUGCUGAACAACUCGACCGUGCUGCAUUUGCUGGUCGGGUGCAUCGACGGGACGAAUCUGCGCGACAUCAUCUACAGCAUCACGCAGGGCAAGCUGAUCAUCUUCGACGAGGACGGCAUCGUGGACAUACUGCGCAAGAGUCUCGAGUACGAAACGUUCGAGCAGAUCUGCAUCUGGCAACUGGUGCAGGCGCAUGACAUCCCGCUCGACACGUUCCAAGAGAUCAUCCCCGACCUGGAGGCGAGUUUGCACGCGGAAGCCCUGACCGCGAUCCUGUUGCUGCUGCGCAGCGAAAAACCAACCACGGAGCUGGUGCGGUUGCUGUUAAGCCGCGGCUCGGAUGCACCCAAACACCGUGGCGACCCCUUCGUUACGUCCGUGCUGCGCUACUGGUGCCAGGAGUUUGAGGAAAAGCUGUCGGAGCUGAUCGCGGCCCUGCUGACCUCGAAGUAUCCCUCCAAUUCGCCCAACAAACGGAAGCGACCGUCGAAGAGCGCGCAACAAAAUACGGCCCCCAGCUCGGACCAGCUGCUGAAUCAUUUGGAACACUUUCGGCGCAGCUGCCGGCACGGGAACGGCACGGGGACUGGACUGUUCGUGCAAAACGAUAUGCAGCGGGCGUUACAGACAGCGUUCGCCCACAGUUCCGAGGCCCAGCGGAAGCAGUUCACCGACCUGUUCGCCCUGGCCGCCGAGGACGAAACAUCCACCACGGUCGGGCGAAGGGGCACGAGCAGUCGUGGCCGGAAGGCGCCCUCGAGCAAGAAGGAAACGGCUGCGGAAAAGGCAGCCGCUGCCGCGACACACACCAACAAUAGCAAAAAGGCUGCCGCGGCCGCAGCGGCGGCGGCUGCCGCAGCGGCAGCCGCGGCCGAAACGACCUCCAACUACUUCAGCGACGAUUCGAGCGACGAAGACUGGUCCAAACAGAAAGCCUCGAAACGACGGAAAACGCUCAGCGAUUCCGAUUGACACGAUCGUCGCUCGUCGGCGAAACGAUCGGAACGGAGCGGUCGGACGAAGGUGGUCCUUUUGUACAGGAGCAAGGUGUUCAUGGGCGUCGCCGCUGCCGGUUGCUGGUCGUGGACACGCGGAUCGAAACUGCCAUUACGCUUUCGUUGUCGUAAUGACGGCGAACCCGGGGAUGCUGUUGCCGCUAUGUCCGCGUUUGGUCAGGGAGUCGUCCCGGAGUUUUCUCACGGAGUCGUCCCGGAGUGUGCUGUUUCGCGCCACUGUCGAGAGGAUGCUGGGGCUGGGGUGUCCUUUUCCGGGUUCCAGGUGGAAGAACACAUUCGUUUAUUCCUUCGUUUUUACGGUUACGUUUCUCCCGUUUCGUUCGAACUCCCGCAGAUGAACUGUAAAAUAUCCGGCUAGUGUUAAGGGUGGGCAGGGAACUCGCGGAUCCUCCGAACAGCUUACCAGAGCAGCAAGCCAGAGUGCUCGCGGCGCAGAGGUUGUAAGCAACGUGGCGGGGCGCGAUAGAAAGAGUUAGUAGCACAUUCUGUUUUUAAUUUUUGAAUUAUGUUUUCGAUCGAGACGGUAAGGGUAGCGCAAACCGGCGUAGGCAGCAGGUGUUUAGACUGACAUACGUACCAAGGACCUUCGCGAGGGCAUUGAGCUUCCGGGAUCCACCGGAAUACGUUGUGGUAUGUGGUAUCAAAUGCGAGGAACACAGGGACCCACUCACGGCCAGCCAUAUGGGACGGCCCCAGGCGGCGAUUCAGGAAGGAAGGCAAACUUUUUACACUUUCACUUCCUUCACUUGGCGCAAAUCAAAAUCGGUCGUCAAAUCAUCGGUCCCGCGCGAUCGAUGUACAAAUGAUGAUCAGCUAGGAAGGGCCGAUGGGUUCAUUUCCGGG